AUGUUUAAUCUGACCAAUCCUGACCGCGCGAUCCGCGUUGGUGUCAUUCUGCUCAAAGGCAUUGCCGAGCUGAUUGACGUGGCACCCGUCGAGCUCUUUCGGCACGUCAGCCACGAGUUUGUCGACUAUCUACCGUCCUCGGCCGUCCCGGCCCAGCUCAAGCCGCAGGCUCACCAUUUCGAGUACCACUGGGUCUCCGAGGCAGGCAGCAAGUCCCUGAUGAAGGGCACCAGCGGUAGCACGAUUGUGCCUACUGACUCCUUCAAAACCUGCCCCCCCCUCGACAUUGUCAUCAUUGGCGCGUCAGGUGCCUCAAACCCCAGCCCGGCCGAGCUGCAGUUUCUCCAAAAGAGCUACAACGACAGCUCCGCCUUCAUCACCACCUGCUUUGGCAUGCUGGGCCCCCUCAAGGCCGGCCUAUUCGACGGCAAGACGGCGACGGCCCCGAGCUUCUUCCUCGACGAGCUCCGCGCUACGAACCCCAACACCACCUGGGUGGAUAAGCGCUGGGCGCGCGACGGCAAGCUGUGGACGAGCGGCACCCUGCUCAACGGCAUCAACGUCGUCACGGCCUUUAUCCAGCACACGUGGGGAAGCGGCGACGGCUCGCUGCCGGACGUCAUGGGCAAGUUUGCGGCUUGGCCGACGGGCACGGACAGCUAUGACGAGAUUGUGUAG